AUGAACACAAGAGCCAAAAAAAUAAUGGGUAUGUUACAAACACCUAUAAGUUCCGAUAGACCGCCAGAUUUAGUGAGCAAUAUAAUCAGUGUAGGACUAGAAAACGAACAUCACUGCACUAAAGUCGACGUCAUUGUGGAAAAUAUUGAACCUGCAGCAGGACAGGGCAAUGCAGAAAAUUCCUCAAAUUACCCUGAACUGACCGAGUUGAAAAACGUUCCUAUUGAAAGAGAUACAAUAGAAGUCAAUGACACAACCCCAUCUCCUGAGCACAACAGGGGAAAAAGUGCCUUGAUUAUCCCAGAAAUGACUGAGUUAAUGAACAUUUCUAUGGAAAAAAAUACAAUUGAAGAUGACGAUUCCACAACUUCGUCAUUGGAACGUGAUAAUCCUUUUUCUACCGACUCGGAUUCGGAUUAUAUACCUGAUACUGAUGAUACAAGAAACAAUAAUCGCUCUCUUGUAAACUAUUUUUCAAUGUCAAGUGAAGAUGAUAACAAUGAAAUCAUAUCAUCUGAAGAGGAAAACCAAACAAUUGCUGAUGGCGAAGAACUCGAACCACCGAAGUCAAGGAAAAGGAAACGGAAAGUGAAUGCCUGGAAAAGAAAUGAGAUGAAAAAACGAAGAAAUUUGGGACAAACAUAUACAAACACUAAAAAUGAAAUGGUACCAGAGAGAAAAUUGAAAGAGGCUUGUAAAAAUACCUGCAGACUGAAAUGUGUGAAUAAAAUAUCAAAAGACAUGCGACUUUCCAUUUUUUCUGAAUAUUGGGCACUGGGAGACGUUAAUCGCCAACGAUAUUUUAUUCUAAGGUUUGUUGAUUUUAGAAAAAAAAAUAGACAACGUCUUCGUCGAAACCAGAAUGUCCAAAGACAAGAGGAUAUUAGUGAUGAAGAUAAUGACGUGAAUGUGGGUGAUAAUAGUCGUAGAAAAAUGACUUACUUUUACCAUUUGUCUUCAGAGGAAGGAGAAAGAGAAAAAGUCUGUCAAACGUUUUUCCUCAAUACACUUGGAAUAAGUCACCAAGUUGUAAAGACCGUAGCAGCGAAGCUCAAUAUAUCAGAAAACAAUGUGGUUACCAUAGAUGGAGAUAAUAGGGGAAGAAAUAACAUAACAAAAACCCGUAUAAGUCAGCGACAAGAACUUCUAGUAAAGGAUCACAUAAAUUCAUUUGAAGCCGUCGAAAGUCAUUAUACUAGAAAAGACUCUUCAAAGAAAUAUUUACCUGGGUCAUUGAAUAUUUCAAAAAUGUUCAGACUGUAUAUGGAUUAUUGUAAGGAAAACAGAGUUGAUAAGAAAGACAUAGUUCGUGAGUCAAUGUAUCGCUGGAUAUUUGUGAAUAAAUUUAAUAUAGGAUUUCAUAUUCCAAAGAAGGAUCAGUGCGAUCUUUGCGUCAAUUAUCAAAACUCAAAUGAUGCCGAGAAAGUUGAGUUGAAACUUCUCGUCGAAAGUCACAUAUUAAAUAAAGAAGCAAUGCGGAAGAAGAAAGAUGAUGACAAGCUAAAAGCUUCUGCAGAUAACAGUUUUUGUCUGGCAAUUUUUGAUCUUCAACAAGUGUUACAAUGCCCCAAGAUAGAGGUUGGUCAGGCGUAUUACAAGUCAAAAAUAGCUACAUACAAUUUAACAGUCUACGAGGCUGCAAAAAAACAGGGAUAUUGUUACAUGUGGCAUGAGGCCAUAGCUUCUCGAGGAACCUGCGAGAUAGGCAGUUGCGUUUUGAAAUUUAUUAAAAUGAAGGCAGACAGCGGCUGCAGAGAGAUAUCGUUUUAUUCUGAUAAUUGCGCAGGCCAAAAUAAAAACAAGUUUAUGUACAUUAUGCUACUUUAUGCAGCAGUUACAAACCAAGUUAAAAUAACUUUGAGCUUCAUGGAGGUGGGACAUACCCAAAAUGAAGGCGACUCUAUGCACAGUGCCAUCGAGAGAUGUGCCAGACGUAUUCCAAUAUACACUCCAGGACAAUGGGCUACUAUAGCGCGCACUGCAUGUGUAAAAAAACCUUACUUUGUCAACGAGUUGAAUCAAACUGAUUUUUUUGAUUUUAAAGACUUAUUGGCACAAUGUACCAAAAAGUUAGAUAAAGAUACUUGCGGAACUAUUGUUAAGUGGACAGACAUUAGCUGUGUGCAAGUGGAUUUUGCUAAGCCAGAUAUUUUGAAAUUUGCAUACAAGCUACAAGAGGGGUUUUAUGAAAUUAACAUAAAGGAGGGCUCUAGAAAAGAACCAAUAGGUUUUCUUCAAUAUAAUCUAAAACCCCUUAGAAAUAGAUUAAUAUCAAUUUCGAAGAUUAAGUAUGAUUCUAUAAUUUACUACUGCACGAAGAAUGCUGUUGCCAAGGAAUACCAGGACUUUUUUUUAAGUUUGCCGCAUGAAUAG